CGCCCGCUCGCGCCGGCCGCCGUCUCCCAGAGUCCAAGAUGGCGGGGUCCAGGCGGCGGGGUACCCGGGCCGUGAUGCGGCCGUUGCUCUGCGCUCUGCUGCUGUGUGUCUGCCGUUCCGCGGGCGGCGACGGCCCGGGAGGCAGCCCCGGGGCGACGGGCGCCACGGACAUCCCGUCCGCGCCGCCGCACCGCCGCUUCGAGUACAAGUACAGCUUCAAGGGGCCGCACCUGGUGCAGAGCGACGGGAGCGUGCCCUUCUGGGCCCACGCGGGCAAUGCUAUUCCAAGUUCAGAUCAAAUCCGAAUAGCACCAUCUUUAAAAAGCCAAAGAGGAUCAGUGUGGACAAAGACAAAAGCAGCCUUUGAGAACUGGGAACUGGAGGUGACAUUUCGAGUGACUGGAAGAAGUCGCAUUGGAGCUGAUGGCCUGGCAGUUUGGUAUACGGAGAAUCAAGGAUUGGAGGGGCCUGUGUUUGGAUCAGCCGAUAUGUGGAAUGGUGUUGGAAUAUUUUUUGAUUCUUUUGACAAUGAUGGAAAGAAAAAUAAUCCUGCAAUAGUGAUUAUAGGCAACAAUGGACAAAUCCAUUAUGACCAUCAAAAUGAUGGUGCUGAUCAAGCUUUAUCAGGCUGCCAGAGGGACUUCCGUAACAAACCCUAUCCUGUCCGGGCAAAGAUCACGUAUUACCAGAAAACAUUGACGGUAAUGAUCAAUAACGGCUUCACACCAGAUAAAAAUGAUUAUGAAUUUUGCGCCAAAGUGGAAAAUAUGAUCAUCCCCGCCCAGGGGCAUUUCGGAAUAUCUGCUGCCACUGGAGGUCUUGCAGACGACCAUGAUGUUCUUUCUUUUCUGACCUUCCAAUUGACUGAGCCUGGGAAAGAGCCACCUACAGUUGAUAAAGAAAUUUCUGAAAAAGAGAAAGAAAAGUACCAGGAGGAAUUUGAGCACUUUCAACAAGAGCUGGACAAAAAAAAAGAGGAAUUCCAGAAGGACCACCCCGACCUUCAAGGGCAUCCUACGGAUGAAAUGUUUGAGAGCGUGGGAGACCGUGAGCUGAGACAGGUCUUUGAAGGACAGAAUCGUAUUCACCUUGAAAUCAAGCAGCUGAACCGACAGUUAGAUAUGAUUCUCGAUGAACAGAGAAGAUACGUCUCUUCCCUGACGGAGGAGAUCUCUAAGCGAGGAGCUGGAGCCCCAGGGCAGCAGGGGCAGACCUUUCAACAAGAACUGGAUACUGUUGUGAACACUCAGCAUGAGAUUCUGAGACAAGUAAACGAAAUGAAGAACUCCAUGAGUGAAACUGUCAGACUGGUGAGUGGCAUCGCGCACCCUGGGCCGGCGGCGGGCAUGUACGAGGCCACCCAGCACUUCAGCGACAUCAAGGAGCACCUGCACACCGUGAAGCGAGACAUCGACAGCUUAGCGCAGCGAAGCAUGCCGUCAAACGAAAGACCAAAGUGCCCAGAACUACCACCAUUUCCAUCGUGUUUAUCUACAGUGCACUUCGUUAUAUUCGUCGUGGUACAGACGGUGUUAUUUAUCGGUUAUAUCAUGUAUAAGACUCAGCAAGAAGCAGCUGCCAAAAAAUUCUUUUGACCACCAUUUUCAUGUGUACAUCAUGUAUGUAUGUACAAAAUGUCUUUUUGAGGGAAUUUAAGUAUUUAAAUUGCUUUUUAGUCUAAAUUAUUUUGUAUAAAAUAACUGUUUAAACAUUGACUUAAGAAUAAACCUUAAAGACAACCACAUGUAAAUUUGUGCAUAGUACAUAAAUCUAUUUAAAUUUCAGUGAAUUUCUGGCCAGUAGAAUACAGCCACUGCACAGAAUAUUGAUAAAUCAGAGGGUUAAAAAACAGAAAGGGGGAACCCCCAUCUAUGAAAGUAACCCGUAAGUCUCCAGUGUUGGAGGUUUCUGUCUUUAGCAUAAAUGCCCUCGCCCUCCUGCCCCCAAAGUAUGAGGUCUGAGAGCUACCCAUCAUGUUUAUUUUGUAACCAAAGUCUUUUUUUUAAGAGGCCAGAAUUUCCUGCUCCAAGACUCAGUGCUGCAGUCCUUAAAUCUAAUACAGCUCCCUUUGAAAUCAAAAAAUAUUUUGUCUGAGUGUUAGGAUUUGGGUAAUAGGAUUCAGAAUGUUUAUUAAAGCAUUUUUUCUCCUUCUGAUCAUCAGUGAUAUAUUUCACUUUUAAAGGAAAUUUGGGGGGAGAAUUAAGAGCUGCUCUUUGCCUGAAAAACCAUUUAGGUGGGAACAUUCCUCUGAUGAUGGUUUUUAUGGGUCUUUUACCUGGUGAGGUGUUCAUUUCAUGAUUGCUCAUAUUCUUGAAUGUCUGUGUUCCAGUAGAGUCAGUUCAAAAUUACGAAACUCAGUCUGCCUCCGUAUCGCUAAGCUCACCUCGGAUGGCGCGUGCUGAGGACACUUUAAGGCCACAGCACCUGCCCCUGCUUUCAGGCUGAGUCGCCCCACGCAGCGCGGCGUUGGUGACCUGCAUGUUAGUCGCGAGAAGGCAGGAGCAGCAGCAGUGUUAAAGUUUCUGAAAGCAAAAUCUGAAAAAUAGUGUUAUUACUUCUGAUUUCUUUGUUUUCAUGCCGGAACUGGGGGUGCUGCGCAACACGUGCUGGUGAGUGUGACCUGACUUGUCAGGAAGGAGCUGCUGUAGCCUGUACAUAGUUCCAGGUGUUAUAGAAACUGUCUGUAAAUGGCAUUUAAUUUAGUUUUCAUAGCUGAUGUAGACUUCAAAAUACUCUUACUUUCCCUUGUCUAGCUAGCUAAAAUGAUGCCUUUCGUUUGUCAUAGCACUGAAAAUAGUGCUGUUGAAUUCUUCACAGCUUUCAGAAAUUUGCUCUGAGUUGUUAUUUGCUGAUUGGACUGCCUGCCUAAAACCCACACAGAGACUCUGAAGAAGUCUGCAUUAGAGCAAUAGCUAACUAGUACUGCAUAUGCAGACAGUCCUAGCAUUGCUUUUUACAAAGCAUUUAUCCCAGAACACUGAACAAGAAUAUUCUAUUGCUCACUCACACACUUAUGACCACUUCAACGUAGAACUGCCCCACAGGUUUUUUUUUUCUUGUAGUGUUAACAUGUUGAAAUUCAUAUUUCAGAGACAUCAUCAUGACAGAAUUUACUCUUAUUCCAUGAAAAAAAAAUUAAUAGUUUCAGAAGAAUGUUUCAGUUGUAGACUGUGAGACUUGGAAAUCCUCUUGAGAUGAAAAAGCUGUAGAAUAUCCAGUAUUAUAAAAAUCCAGAGCCACGUGUGCCUGAACUUAAAAGAAUAGAUCUAUGCAGUGUACAUUUUCCAGGCUAAAUUUCAAGAGGAAUUGUUGCAAUCAUUUCUGAUACAAGUGAAGACAGCUAGGAUGAAAGAGCAUACGCGUGAAUGUUUCUUUCUUUCUUACUAAUUUAAUUUGCUAAAAAAAAAAAAAAAUCAGUAAGACGGUUCAUACAAGUUAUUAUUGUUGGAAAUUUGGUUUGUUUUCCUCAGAGUGACUGACUUCAAGUAGUUCAUUUCUGUUUUUUAAAAAAAGGUGUUUGCUAUGUGGGAAAAUCAAUCACUGCCAGGAUUCUCUCAUUUCUGUACUGUUUUAUAGAAUUGAAUUUUAACUUUUCUCACACCAGCAAGUAUUUUACAGGUGCCUUGGAUUAAAACAAAGUUGAUUUUACAAUUUUACUGUAAAUCUUUGUGCUUCUGCCACUUUAAAAAAGAAAUGCAAUUGUAUAAUGGUUAAUACUCUUAUUUAAUGUACCUUUUGUGUUCUGAUUGUUUGAAUGUUUUAUUCGGCCUGAACCUUUACUGUGAGGGCACGGUAUUCUGUCACGUAGUAAAGAGACAUCAGUGUUUCUCAGACUGAGGUCUGUGAGCCCUCUGAGUCCUGGGGCGCUUGUGAAGAACGCAGAUGCCAGAGCGCCAUUCCCCACCACCUGCAUCAGAACUCCGCGGUGGGAGCUACAGAGAAUCGUUUUCAGCAGGUGACUCUGAGCACACUACUGUUUAAGAACCACUGAGACGAGGGGGAGUGAAAGAAACACGGGUUUGUGUAGUUUUACAGCUGAGCUGAGAGCUAACGUAACAUUUUCAUCGUCAGCGACAUGAGCACAUGUGCACUGAUUUCUUUAUACUUAGAACGUAUCACUUAACGUUCUUUUCGCCGAAACUCUUGGUUUAUCAGCAGCUACAAACUAAACCCAGGUUGCCGCCUGUGGCUCUCGGUACUUUGGUUGACGGCUCUUACAAAAUCAUCUCCAGAUCAUGGUCAAGCCAUGGAAACCCCCAUCUUCGCAUCUGCCUGCUAGAGCGUUUGCUUUUCCUGAUUGUGGUUUUUGUGACAUUUUCUCUCAGACAGUUGUACUUUUUGAUAACUUGGGGAAAACAAAAAUUACUUGAAUAAGGGAUUGCCUGACUCACUGCAUCGCAGAGACACAGUCUUUGUAAAGAACGUAAAUGACAGUUGUGAAUAGUAAGAUGUGAUUAUCUUUUUCCUGUCCAUGUGCUCAUUGCAGGGAGAUAGUGAACAAAUGAUUAUACUGGGGAUUUUUUUAUUUAUAAGAUCUAAUGUAAAAUCACCACUUGGAACUUUUUAGAUCUGUAUGUUGCCUGUUUAAUAUAUUCUUUUAACGUUUAAAAGGGUUUUCUAUCCAUUGUUAAUUUCAGUUAAGUGACAUUUCGUCGAGUGUUUUUUUUCCUAAUUGUUAAUUUGAUGCUAGCUGGAAUUCAAAAGAUGACAUUGACCUUACUCAAAUAAAGAAAUAUUUUAGUAAACUUA